GCCAUCUACUCUUCAUCACCAUUUUCUUUGUUCUUUUGGUUCAUAGCACUCACCUAUAUAUAAUUAUAUAGGAAGAGUGAAAGAAUUGAUUUUAUAAAAAAAAUCAAUAACUUUUCGCUUAAUUUGCUUUAAUUUUUUUUAAGUAGCCACGAAGAAAUAUGGGCGGUUGUUAUAGCGCUCCCAAGACCUUAAAAAAGGAGAAGGGUCGGGCCCCAGCCCCAGCCCCAGCCCCACAAGAGGCCAAGGAAGAGACCAUCCCCAAAAUGAUAGAGUUCCAUAAGGAGGAAACUAUCCAUGAGGUGACAAAACCUCAUAAAGAAGAGAUUCCAUCUGAGAAGAAAAAUUUAGAUCCGUAUGUCACCCCUAAGAUGGAGAUGUGUAAGGAACAUGUUAAUUCUGAGGUGGUAAUGCCACGUAAGGAAGAGACCACUCCUGAGCCAAUGUUGUCACCAAAGAAGGAGACAACCCCUCAGGUGGUGGCCUCUAAGGAGGAAACCUCUUCUGAGAUGGUGGUGUUGCCUAAGGAUGAGACCACCCUUGAGGUGCCAUUGACUCCUAAGGGGGAGACAACCAUCGAGGUGGCAGUUCCUAAGGGGGAGGCCACCAUUGAGGUGGCUGUUCCUAAGGAGACCAUGGAGGCGACGGUGAUUACAUCUAAGGAGGCUAUGUCAAAGGAGAUUGCUUCUAAAACUGCCACUACCAACAACGAAAGUGGUGAUUCGAAAGACAUAAAGAAAGACAAGGAUGAAGAGGAGAAUAAGGAUGGUGAAAAGGUUGACAACUCUAAGCUGAAUGAGGAAAAAAAGACUUGAGGAAGAGGCCAAAAUUGUUCCAACUAAGGUUAAUGAAGAAGAAUCCAAAGACAUCGAAACAAAAAAGGAAGAACUCAAAGUUGUCAAGGAGAAAUAAUUAUCGGUAUCACAUUUAUAAACAGACGUGCUCCUCACGUGUUUUUUUGCGGUGUUAAAUAGUGUUGAUACUUGGUAUAAUGGUAUCAUUGAUUAAAUUUGGCUAUUGUUAAAACCAUAAAUUGAAUCGUUUGAAAUUGAUUUUAAAUUUGUUUCAGUCAAGGCAACAAUAACAAUUAAAGUUCAUUAUUAUUCAAUUUGGUUAUGCGAUUCUAUAACAUUUAAGAAUAAAAUGAAGUUGUAAACAAUAUUAUAAAAGCUAUGCAC